AUGACGAGGACCACCUUUCUGUUCCUGCUCCUCUGCGCAGGCCACAACCAAGGUUCCGCUCCAACCUUAAACGUGGCCGGCGUCUCGGGGGGCUCGCUGUGGCUGCAGCCCCCAGCCCUGCCUCGCGCACCCCUAAAAGUCAACUGGUACAGACAGUCCCCAGCCCAACAAUUUGUCCGGAUAGUGAGUUGGGAUAGUGAGCCGGCGGAGACCGACGCCAGCCAAGUUUCUGGAGGCGGAUACCAUUUCAGCUCCGAGAACUUUUCCCUUCAAAUCCUCGAAGUGGAGAAGGCCUGCGGAGGGCUGUACGAACUGGAGAUCACAGAAAGAAGCGGUCAGAAGGCCAAGAUGAAGUUCAACCUCUCCGUCUUUGAUAUGAUCCGGACACCAAGUCUUCAGGUGAAAUACGGCGCCAGGAAUGCCAGCCACUGCCUGGCCAACCUUUCCUGCUCCACCACGGGGAACGAUCCAGUGGCGUAUUCCUGGUACCCACAGGCGAAGCCCAAGACACUCAUCGGGAACUCCACCCGCCUGGUGCUGGUGCUGAACGUUGCCGACCACCCGGAGACCUUUGCCUGCAACGUCAGCAACCCGGUCGCUUGGGCACAAGCGGAAAUCACCAUUCAGUGUCCACGCCAGGCUUCGUGGUUUAUCCCCACCCUGGCUCUCACUGCAGCCACUGCGGCCACUCUGCUCUGCCUCCUUGGCUGCUUCCUGGUGAGGAAGAAGAGGAGGAAGAAGAGGACAGAGGAUGCUCCGGCCACCCUGGAACAGACCCUGACCAACUCUCUGACGGUUUAUGAAGAGGUGAGAGACGACGCUCUGAGAAUGAACAAAAGGAGAAGCAGCCAGAGAGGAGGCCAAGAUGACGUCACCAUAUAUUCCGUGGUCCACCUCCAAACCCAGGACACGCUGCUUCCCACGUCUAAUCCAGAAUGCACGCUGUAUUCAUCCAUCCAAAAUCCCAAACAUGCCCCCAAAUCCAAGCAGAGGACCCCCAAUCCCCCCCUUUCCGCCACCAUCUACCAAGAGGUCGGAUGGACCCGGCCUUCAACCCUGGGAGCUUCCAGACUCUCCUGCAAGGAGCUGGAGGCAUUUCACAUCUAUAACUAG